AUGGGAGGAUUUGGUACUGAUGGGACGGAACGGUCGGCCGAGGUGCACGAUGGCCGAUCUGACAAGCAAGGGACAGUUAAGACAACCCUGGCUCUUCUGCGAGAGACCGAGACCACGGAUCCGCUGCUUGACUCCUAUAGCGAAAUGGGGUUCUGCGAGGCUAGCCCGAGCUUGAACACUACAGCACCUAGUACAAAUGGUGGGCAGUAUCCCACUCCUGUUGUGGGAGCAAGUAACAAGGAGAUGGGUACCACAGAUGAAAACUACCUCGUUCACCAAUUUCUCAUAACCCUUAAGUGUCAGUUUGAGUCUAUCAGGCAUUUCCUUUUGAGUUGGCGCUUGGGACGCUACUUUUCAGCAGGAGUGUCGACGAGGGAGUGGUCACUUGCGUGCACUGAGAUAUGUGGUGUCCUGCAUGCAAGUUGUCAUGCGCUGUACGGCCUAUCAUCAAGUGAUGGCAGGACACUACUGUUACACACAUUCUCAUUGAAGACCACCACUAACAUCAGAUCCUUCCCAUGUUUGCAUGAGCUAGUAAUUCUACUGUUGUUCUUGUCUGCACAACCAGCCACAUUGUCAGGCAGACCUUACCAUUUGCCAGGUGGUUAA